AUGGCCACUCUCACCAUGACUCCCACACGCCAGCCCUUGGGCUGCAUCGAUACUAUGCGUCCUCUGAUGUCAAAGUUGAACCGUCAAAGCAAUGCUGGUCCCAAGUCUAUGAAACCCAACACCAUCUUCGUCGACUCGGAGAAUAUCGAUCCCUCUAAACUCUCCACAAAGCGCAAGCGCACCUGCGACGACGAAGAACCCAAAGCUUCCAAGCCUAAGACCUCCCGCAUGGCUCUUUCCAUCGUCUCCCCACGUCUCUCAACUCCCUUGAGAACCUCGCAGUCAAUCUCAACCCCAAAGUCUGCCCCGAUUCUCAAGCCUGCUGGUCGCUCCCCUCCCCCAAAGUCCAGCAAGCCCGGUCGUCGCUCUGCUAUCUCCAAGCCCCGUUCUGAAUCAUCCGGCAAGCGCGCUGUCGCGCGUCCUUUCUCGCUCGCUUCCGCUCUCCAGACUUCGUCUUCUCCCAAGCCAGCACCUAAGACUCCUACCUCUUGGUUCUUUGAUAUUCAUGUCGACUCGGAGCAGGACGAGAUGACCAACCUUAUGCAGCACUCUACUACUGUUCUCGAUAUCAGCGAUGACGAGGGCAAGACUGUUCCCAAUGAUAGCCGUGGAAAGGAGAACAUCCCUCCUGCCGAGCUUGGAAUUGAGCUCCCCAGUGCUCUUAUCACUACCGCUGCUACUGCCGCCCCUGCUCCCCGUAAGGAAUUGAAGAUGGAUGAGGACCGCGCCCCGCUUGGCGAGCUCAAUGCUGCCGACUUCUAUGCCGAGGACUGCAAUGCCUUUUCUUAUGUCGUGGUCCACGAGGAGCCUGUUGAGUUCAAGAAACCCUCUUCGCCUCUUGCUCAGAAUCAGGAAGCUCUCAUCUCUACUUCCAUCGCUUCGGUCUUGGAAGCUGUGACUGCCAAGUCUGAGGCUGAAUCCCACAGCGCUGAUAGCUCAGCCUCAGAUGAAAAUACUGCUCCCUCUUCCUGA